AUGGCUCUCACUAUCAUGGCAUCUCUGGCUAAGAAGAAGAAGACAAAGAAGAAGAAGAAGAAGAAGAAGAAGAAGAAGAAGGCUUCUCUCUCUCUCUCUCUCUUCUCUUCUUUUGAGUCCCUCGUGCCGACGGUUCGCGCGUCUGGAUCUGGCGUUUUCGACAAAUCCAAACAAUACGCGGACAUCAAGGAAGCGACUGCGGCUGGCUUGGACGGCGCGUGCGCGCCGUUCCCGGAAGGCUUGGACAUCCUCGGCUUCUGCAAAGGCAUCAACGGCGGCGACUUGCAACGCUUCCGCGAAGCCGAGAUCACGCACGGUCGCGUCUCUAUGAUUGCCACCGUCGGUUUCUUGGUCGGCGAACAAGUCGAAGGCUCUUCGUUCUUGUUUGACGCGCAAGUCACCGGUCCGGCCAUCGACCACUUCCAACAAACCCCGGGGUUGGUUUGGGGCUUGGUUGGCGCCACCAUCUUCUUGUUGGAAUCCACUCGCGUCCAAAAAGGCUGGUCUGAUCCGUUCACCAGCGAGUUGUUCUCCUUGAACGACGACUACGUCCCGGGCCAAUGGGGCUUUGACCCGCUCGGCUUGUCCAACAACAAGACCGCUGAAGACAUGGCCGAAGCGAGAUUGAAGGAAAUCAACAACGGCCGCUUGGCGAUGAUCUCCAUCUCCGGCAUGGUCGCCCAAGAGUUGGUUAACGGCUUGAACCUCAUCCCGGCCGAUGAAGUCCUCGAAGAAGGCAGAGGCGCCGCGUUGGUUCAAAUGGGUAAGCAAUGCGCUGGUGCCGUCGACGAAGCCGCGUGCGCCAAGGCGUUCGAAGCCGCGGAAAGAGUCGCGGUUGCCGCCGGUAAGUAA